CCGGCUCGGAGCGCGGCGACGGCGCGGGCGGCGAGGCGGGGGCCGGUGGGGCCCCGCAGUGCGUGGGCACCAUGGCCCGCUGGCUUCGCGAGCACCUGGGCUUUCGCAGCGCCAAGCCCGCGCCCCCCGCGCCGCCCAAGCCCGACUACCGCGCCGGGCCGCCGCCGCAGCCGCCCCCGCCGCCCGGGGGCGCGGCCGAGCCGCCUCCCGCCGCCCAGCCCGAUAUCGUGGCAGCUUACCGGCUGCAGAAGGAGCGCGACUUCGAGGACCCCUACAGCGGAGCCCCGCCGCCUGUCGCCCCUGACGGGCCCCGUUACGUCUCGCCCAAGCACCGGCUGAUCAAGGUGGAUGCGAUCGAGAAGGUGCCCACCACCCCCCCGCCGCCGCUGCUGGCCCCCGCCGCCCCCAGCUCGCCGCCGGCCGGCCUCGAGCCGCCCGACGAGCCGCCGCAGGAGCUGGCUGUCGUGGAAGACUAUGCAGAUCCGUUCGAUGCAGCGCAGGUGGCUGGUAGCCAGGCAGGGCUGGAGAAGGUGAUGGAGAACGAUGGCUACAUGGAGCCGUAUGAAGCCCAGAAGAUGAUGGCUGAAAUCCGCCAGAAGGGCUUACGGGAGGCUCCCACUUGGCCGCUGCACCUCUACGACACUCCCUAUGAGCCUGUGCUUGGAGGGCUGGAUGUGGAUGGUGAACGCCCAGCUUGCCCCAGGCCCAGGGAGUCCCGUCUGCCUGAGGAUGACGAGCGGCCGCCGGAGGAGUACGACCAGCCCUGGGAGUGGAAGAAAGAGCGGAUUUCCAAAGCCUUUGCAGUUGAAAUCAAGGUCAUUAAAGACCUGCCGUGGCCACCGCCGGUGGGACAGCUCGACAGUGGUGAAAGCCCCCUGGUCGGUGAGGCUGGUGCCUCCAUCCCUCCACAGCAUGGCCAACACGGCUACGAAGACGCCAACGGUCAGUCGGAGGGGCCGGGGUACGGCCACACUUCGCCCUGCAGGGAGGAGAAGGCCAGGGCUGCCCUCAGACAUGGCUCUAGCAGCAUCAAGAGCACCAAGAUGUUGAUCGCCGAGCCUGGCCCCUUCAUUGGAGAGAAGAUUGAUCCUGCCCUGCCCCUGGAGAGCCAGUGCUGGUACCACGGGGCCAUCAGCCGGACAGAUGCCGAGACGCUGCUGCGACUGUGCAAGGAGGCCAGCUACCUGGUGCGCAACAGCGAGACCAGCAAGAACGACUUCUCCCUCUCCUUGAAGAGCAGCCAGGGCUUCAUGCACAUGAAACUGUCCCGGACUCAAGAGAACAAGUACGUGCUGGGCCAGCACAGCCCGCCCUUUGACAGCGUGCCGGAGAUCAUUCAUCACUAUGCCAGCCGCAAGCUGCCCAUCAAGGGGGCUGAGCACAUGUCCUUGCUUUACCCAGUGGCUAUCCGUACCCUAUAGUACUCACCCUUAUGAGCCAGGCUCAAGGCCAGGUGCACCCGAAACUGGCCCUUCUGCAGGGCUGAGUGCUGCCGUGCUGAGGAUGGGCUCCAGACAGGCAGCCCACAAGCGUCUGGCUGGGCAGGGCUGGCGUUCCUGGGGAUUGCUGCAGCUGGACCCUUCGUCCUGCCCUCUCAGGGGACUCCCGUGCACUAAGUCAGUGUUGGGGGGACUCCUUGCGUGAGGAGCUGAGUGGGGCUUCCAGCUGCCCUUUGCCUGCCUCCAGGCAGAGGUCGGACACAAGGACUGGAGCCAAGGCCUUGGAGAGGCUGGACAAGGGGGCAAUAUGUGCAAAAAGUGGGAGAAAUCGUCCAGUGCCUCUGCGAGGGUGCUCUGGCUCAGCUCAAUGGAGACAGAAUGGCUGUGCCCACAGGCGAGGAGGCUGUCAGGGGGCCAGCAGGGGCCUGCCUGGGGCUAGCAAGGUGCAGAGGGUCCGGGUGAGCCUGUGGUGGUCCCCACUCGCACGGGUGCUUGGUAUUCACUGCCAUCCUUUGCCAAAUGUAAAUAGUGACUGGUCUCGGCGGUGCGUGCAGCACUGCUGCCCAAUAAAGCAGUGCAUGGUUGCCUCCUGCUCUGUGGGGACUGCGCGCCCACAUCCCACCACCCUAAGUGGGGGUGGCAGUGACAUAACAGCAGGGACAGGGAUUUGGUUACACAAAAGCUCUAAGCAAAUUGAUUUUUCCUUUGCUCUCAUGUACGCUGAGACCCAUGUACCCGAGUGGUCCGGCCAACUCACUUGUCUGAGGCACAGGGGACAAGGGACACUGGGGUCGUGUCCUUCCUACAUUUUUGGGACCCUUUGUGAGCAGUGAUGACCUGAUUUUGGACUCGCCUGUUGCUCCCUGUAGACUUGAGGUGCUCUUUGGGAUCUUUGCCUCCUUCUUUUCCUUCACCUUUCUUAAGCCUUAGGUAAAAUCUCUGAAUUUCUCAGAUCUUCCUCCUGUUCUCUGUGUAUUUACUGGCUCCAGUCCUGUCCUGUUCUUCCUCUUCCUCGUACCUUGCCUUUGAGACAAUUUCCUCUUUCUCUUUUAAUUCAGCUGAAGCUGUCUCCUGCUCUGUAGCAUUUAAGGCAUGCCUUGCCUUUGAGCCUUGUUCCUGAUGUUGCUGCUGUGCUCACACAUGGGCAUUUCCUCCAUGGCUGCCUCAGAGCAGGCAGCUGUCGCUUCCCCUUUCCUUGCAGCUCGCUGGCUGUGUCCCACAGUGCUCAACAGCUUGGCAGCAGCAAAACCUUUUGCAUUGGCAGAGCAAAGAGCUUGGGGCAUUGGUGGGAGGGUUAGUAGUGGCCCGAUGAAGGCUUUGUGAAAAAGCAUCAUCCUCCCCAGUGCCUGUUCCCAGGAAGGAGCUGGUCCUGCUGGUUUGUGCGGGGAUGGAGGUGAUCGAUGGGACUGCCAGGACCUUGCCUAGGAGAGGUGCCACAACAGGAGCCCUGCUCUACCACAGGGGCUCUGGGAUUUUCAGACUAAAUCUGUAGCCAGGGCAUUGCUGUCCUGGCUGCCUGUCACAGCUUUGAGCUGCUUGGGGACUACUGGGCACGGCCUGUGGUCCCGCUACACGUGACGGUUGGGAGCCUGCAGAAGCUGUGGUGGUUUGUUCCAGGAUGCCUUGGCUUUGCCUCUCCUUAAAAGGCAGUGGUUUGUGCUCACAGGGGCUGGUGUCUCCUUACAGCCCUGCUUGGCUGCUGGCAGCUUCCCAGCAGCCUCUCGCAAUCCCAGGGAGCAGGGGCGGAGGCAGCUCAAACUGGAGGGUUUUUUCUCCUGGCAGUGCCACACCAAAGCCUGUAGAAAGUGAUGGCUUUGCAGAAAUCUGCUGAGAUGUUCUUGGAUGCUCUUGCUGCAUUUCAAAGGUUUCAAGGGCCCUUAGCAGCCCUGCUGUGCCCUGACAGCUCCAGCACUGAGCUCAUCCCAAGGGAUAUUCUGCAUUCUCCAUGGCUGCAGCUAGGAGAGCAGAGGAUUCUUGGGUCUGUGCAGCUGAGGAACGAAGGCACAGGAGAAGCCUCCCCGUGUAUUCCAGGUUGUUUUUCUAAAGAAACCGUGGCAGGGAGCAAACUGCCUGGCAGCCAGGUCUGGCUGUAUCAGCAAGCUUGCAGCCUUUACAGUGAAAUCCUGCUGAAGCAGCCUGCCUCCAUCACGGGGGCAUCCCUGUUGAGCAGUAAGAGAUACAAGACUCGUGUGGAUUGUACCAGCUCCCCCAAAACAGUCACAGGCCAGCAGGACCACUCUGGAGCUGGGCUUUGCAUCCCAGAGCUUCAGCUAAGCAGUCCUCCCAGCUGCAAUUGCAUCCCCCUUCAGUCCUCUCUUCUCCAGGCUAAAGAAGACCAACUCCUCAAGCAUCUCCUUGUACAACAUCUCCAUUCUUGACCACCCUAAUGACUCUCUACUUGGGGUCCAAAACUGGAUACAGCAUUCAGUUGUGGCCUCACUGGUGCCAAAUAAAUGGAAAUAACCAAUUUGA